AUGUUCGCAAUAUAUCAUGCCGCUGUUAUGACUAUGACGGCGGACGAUUGUCAAAUUGAAUUUAAAGAGAACAAGAGCGAGAUUUUGAAGAGAUACCGCACUGGGUUUGGAAAAUGUUUCGAGAAAGCCCUAGCAGAGUCAUCAGACGUGACUCUCCUGCAAGCUCUUAUCAUAUACCUUAGUUGUAGUGGAAAUGACGACCAAGCACCGGACUUGAAGAAACUCAUCGGGACAGCCAUUGGAAUUGCCUUCAAGAUCGGCCUACAUCGCGAUGGGUCCGACAUGGGACUACCGCCGUUCCAGAUCGAAAUGCGGCGUCGACUCUGGUGGCAAAUCUACAUCCUGGACACUUCCUUUGCAGAGGAACAUGGUACAGACCCGCGAAUCUUGGAGUCCUGGUUUGACACAAGGCCCUCGUUAAAUGUGAACGAUGCAAGUCUGGACCCCGAUAUGCAAGAAUCACCUCAUAGUACAUCCGAAAAGACAGAGAUGCUUUUCGUUUCUACAAAAAUCAAAGCCAGCCAAUUCGCCCGCCAGACUAUCUUUUCCGACCAGUUUUGUUCAGAAAACAAUGAUCCCAUUUUGUCGCCUUCAGAAAAGUGCACCGCCGUCGAUCGAUUCAGAGCAAACAUAGAACAUGAGCUAUCUGACUGUGAUCAGAAAAUCGCUCUAGUCUAUUUCACCACAUCAUAUAAUUGUCUCACUCUUUCAAAGCUCAAGCUGAAUAUAAGCAAGCCACGAGUGAGACAAGACCGAGCUUUCCUCAUGCAUGAGGACUUUCGAAAAAUCUGUACGGAAAUCCUCCAGCAGGCUGGAAUCCUACGAAGACAUGAAAAAGGCAGACAGUGGCUUUGGACUUUCCAAACCAGCCUGGAAUGGGAGGCUCUGACAUAUCUUCUCAUCAACCUCUCCCUAGUCCCCAAAGGAGAAGGGCUGGGUUCGGCCUGGAAAGCAGUCGACGAAAUCUAUAAUUGUUGGCGAGCUGAUAAACAUUUCCAUGGUCACCACUGGGAUAACGUUGAGGAUCUUCGCUCGAAGGCUUUGACAGCUCGGGAGCUGAUACGAGUGAAUCCGGCUCAAUGGACACCCCCAGAUGAGGGAAGACUUGCAGACCCGCAGCCAUUUACGCAGACAUUGGCAACACCAAAACGCCACGGAGAAGCAAACCAACGCUCCUCCGGUGAUGAAGGGCGAGCUCCUAAACGCCGCUCUGAACUUCCGAUAACGCAACUUGGUUAUCAAGAGCAGCUCUCUCGGAUGUGGACUUUGGGAAAUACUGCUGUGGCAACCCCUGCUGCUGACUGGUCAUCUCAUACAAUAGUUUCCAGUGAAACGAUGGAUACUCCAAGCUCAGGGACUGGUUGUCAAUGGAGUGCAACGCUCUUCGAGCGUUACUUCCAGGUUUUGGGCUCUGAGCACAUGUCUCUAUAA